AUGCUGCGUACAAUGUUCAAGGAAUGGAAAAUCGAUUUCGAUAUAAAUUUUGUAUUUUGUUUCGCUCUUAAUCAUAUUAAGAGCCUUGUAUCAAUCAACAUGUCGAAAGAUGCUAGAAUUACAGAAAACUUUUAUUUUAUAAUUGAUGAAGCUUCACUAAGUUUUAGUUGUAGCAGUUCUUAA